UUGUGUCUGCCGGUUUUCACCAUGCCUACUGUCAGUGUGAAGAGGGAUUUGCUGUUUGAAGCUUUGGGUCAAGUAUACACUGAUGAAGAGUUUGAUGCACUAUGUUUUGAGUUUGGUUUGGAACUGGAUGAAGUGACAUCUGAAAAGGAAAUUAUAAGCAGAGAACAAGGAGAUGGAAAAGCAGAGGGUGCAUCCGAUAUGAUAUUGUAUAAAAUCGAUGUUCCUGCCAACCGUUAUGAUCUCUUGUGCCUGGAAGGAUUGACCCGUGGUUUGCAGGUCUUUAAAGACAGAAUUGAAGCUCCAAAGUACACAAGAGUGGGGCCACCUAGUGGAGACAUGCAGAAAUUAAUUAUCACCAAAGAGACUGCACAAGUUCGCCCACAUGCUGUAGCAGCUGUCCUUCGUAACAUUAAGUUUACCAAGGAUCGCUAUGACAGUUUCAUUGAUCUACAGGAGAAGCUGCAUCAAAACAUUUGCAGGAAGCGAGCUUUGGUUGCAAUUGGAACCCAUGAUCUGGACACACUGGUAGGACCUUUUACCUAUACUGCAAAACCACCUUCUGAAAUUAAGUUUAAACCCUUAAACCAGUCAAAGGAAUACACUGCUUCAGAAAUAAUGGAUCUUUACAAGACGGACAGUCACCUUCGCCAUUAUUUGCACAUCAUUGAAGAUAAACCAGUUUAUCCUGUUAUCUAUGAUAGCAAUGGCAUCGUCCUUUCUAUGCCACCUAUUAUAAAUGGCGAUCAUAGUAAAAUAACACUCAACACACAAAAUGUUUUUAUUGAAUGUACGGCAACUGAUCGCACAAAAGCAAAAAUAGUGCUGGAUAUGAUUGUCACAAUGUUUAGUGAGUACUGUGAGAAAUCAUUUACAGUUGAAGCAGCUCAGGUAAUAUAUCCAAAUGAAGAAACAUGCAUUUACCCAGAGAUGAGGUAUAGAAAAGAAAUUCUAAGUGCAGAUUUUAUUAACAAGCAUGUAGGAGUCACUGAAACACCUGAAUCUAUUGCUAAACUGCUGAGUCGGAUGUACUUAAAGUCCAAGGUAAUAGGAAAUGGAGAAGAAAUAGAAAUUGAAAUUCCCCCCACAAGGGCAGAUAUCAUCCAUCCAUGUGACAUUGUAGAAGAUGCAGCAAUAGCCUAUGGUUACAACAAUAUCAAGAUGACCGUUCCAAAAGCAUACACUGUAGCUAAUCAGUUCUCGUUGAACAAAUUAGCUGAGUUGCUGAGGCAGGACAUGGCAGCUGGUGGAUUCACGGAGGCCUUGACCUUUGCCCUGUGUUCGCAAGAUGAUAUUGCUGGCAAGCUGGGCAAGGACAUAUCAGAAACGAAAGCAGUACAUAUAGCCAAUCCUAAAACAGCUGAAUUUCAGGUGGCUCGUACCACCCUGCUCCCUGGUCUGCUGAAGACAAUUGCAGCCAAUAGAAAGAUGCCACUGCCUCUGAAAUUAUUUGAAAUUUCUGAUGUUGUUCUGAAAGAUUCUUCCAAAGAUGUUGGUGCAAGGAACUCCAGACGCCUCUGUGCUGUGUACUACAAUAAGAAUCCUGGCUUUGAAGUGAUCCAUGGCAUGUUGGACCGUGUAAUGCAACUACUUGAAUUGAAUCCAGAAAAAGAGAAUGGGUACUACAUUCAGGCAGUAGAAGAUUCCACUUUCUUCCCGGGUCGAUGUGCCGAGAUCUUUGCUAAAGGUCAGAGCAUUGGCAAGCUGGGAGUUCUUCACCCUGAUGUUAUCACCAAAUUUGAACUGACCAUGCCCUGCUCCACUCUCGAAAUCGACAUUGAGCCCUUUCUUUAAACAACGAGAUUGCUUCUUAGUUCUUAUCACACUUUUUGUGUCCUUCAGUCAUUCUUGCAAAGAGUAGCUACUGACACUGUUCAACUGUAAAGAUAAAUAUUUAAUAAGGCAGAGGAUCCCAUGUCUGCUCUGUGGUUAAAUAUAUUUUCCCUUCUGUAAUUUUAUCUGUUUGCUUGAAACUUAAUAGUACAUUCUUCAGCAUAAACCAAUUGAAACUGUAAAUGUGUAAUGCUGCAAUUCAAUGCAACAUGUAAGCAUAAUAUUAGAAGUAAAAAAAAACAAAAUGUUGAUACACAGAGGUCUAGCUUACCUGCUGUAACAUGAAUCAUUGCUCUGAAACAAAAAUUACUCUGUUUCUGUAUAUUUAAUGGUAGCAAAUAUGAUCUAAAAUAAAUGCAUAUAUAAUGGAUAAAAUAGUUUUAGUAGGUGGCAUAAAGCCAACUUGAGGGUUUCCCCUGUUGAAUGUUAUAGUAGUGUAUGCAAAAGUGGCCAAUAGCUACCUUAAUCCAUUUUAUAAUGUAAAUAUGUGGAAUACCUAAAUCAUGUAAUGUCUGCCAGUCUGCAAUGAAUCAAUUAUUUUCUUUCUGCCCCUUAA